AUGCUGUCAAUCCUCCGAAAAGCUCGUCUAAAGGACAAGGAGAUGCGAGUUCUCAUGCUCGGCCUAGAUAAUGCGGGAAAGACGACGAUCGUAAAGCGCAUCAUGGGAGAGGACGUCAACACGGUGAGCCCGACGUUGGGCUUCAUUAUCAAAACAAUCGAUUUCGAGGGGUAUAAACUGAACAUUUGGGAUGUUGGUGGACAGAAGACACUGCGGUCGUACUGGCGGAACUACUUCGAAAAGACGGAUGCGCUGAUAUGGGUCGUCGACGCAACGGAUCGGCUACGAAUUAAGGACUGCCGAGACGAGCUUCACAGCCUUCUCCUGGAAGAGCGUCUUGCGGGCGCCACCCUUCUGAUCUUUGCAAACAAGACAGAUGUGGACGGGUGCAUGGACGAGCAGGAGAUUCGCGAGGUAGGGAUCGCUUCAGCCUGA